AUGCGGACAUCAUUCUUCCUUGCGCUUGCGUAUAUUGUCGCGAGUGUCUGGGCCGGAGGAUAUCAGGGAUGCCUUGAGCGCGUGUUGUUGUUUUACGCCUACCAAAUCGACGGGCUCAACGACCCCAAGGACCAAACCCUGGGCUUCCGGUGCAAGAAAUGGGACGACAAAAGCAAUAGUUGCGUGAAUAAUGACUGGGUAGCGUGCAAGGGCAAAGGCGGCGGCAGAUGCAACUUCAAUGAACUCAUGGCCAGCCUGGGGAAAUCACGUCCCACUGACAAACUGGUCGGCCCUCCCGGGGCAGAUCAGAAUACGGCAACGCCUGAUAUCCAAGAGACGGCGAAGGCGCUCUACAAGCAAUACACGACCCCGCCAAACAAAAAAGUGACCAACUUCCCACCCUACAAGGCCAUGAAAGGCGCGGACAGCAACUUUAACGACUACACUUUGAAACUCGGCAAAGUGGUCAACGACGCAUGGCGCCACAAGACCGACGCAAACAAGAACCUGUGGGACGGAUUCGAUGCCAGUCUGGAGAAGAUCAACAUCGCGCGGGCGGGGGAUCACGGUCCAUUUCUCAUCAAAGAGGUCGAAGCCAAGUUGGGGAAGCCAAACGGGAUGGAGAUCAAGUUGAUGAAUUUGGGCGACAACCCCAUUUCGAACCCCACGACGCAAUGGGAGACCGUCGACUGGAAGGCCACUGCUGAUGCGGCCAAGACCAAAGGCAUCAAGGAUGUUGACAAACUCAUCAGAGACGUUCGCACUCGCUGGUAUACGAACGAUAAAUCAGCCGGUGACCACUAUGCGGUCUUCAAGACGUAUAAACGGAUCGGAGACCAGGCGCGGUCGUGCCGAAAGUAG